AUGAGAGGAGAGAGCGAGAUUGUGGUGGACAGGAAGUGGAGGCGGUAUCCACAACACACUACAAAGUGCCGCUGCUUUUAUCUCCCAUCUCCUGGAGUUUGUUUUUUCGCCAUUAGAAGAGCAAAACAGACAGACCACAACUCUCACUGUCACAUCGGCCCAAUGCAGCCGUUGGCGGUGAUUAAGAAGGGCCAUCGACGAGCCAGAGAGAAAACAGAAAAGGCUAUCCCCAGAUGUGAGCGCGUCUAA